AUGGCCAGCAUUUCAAAUGAUGAUAUUCCACCCACUGAACGUUCUACUUUAUUGCAUGGAUCUAGAUUAUUUUUUGUUAUGUUUGGUCUAGGUUGUUCUGUGUGUUUAGGCGCAUUGGACCAAACAGUCGUUGCUACUUCUUCGCCUAAAAUAGUUUCAGAUUUCAAUGCAUUGAAUCAAAUCUCUUGGAUUGCCGGAGCGUACUUACUUACAGAAACCUCACUUCAACCAAUUUAUGGGAAGUUAUCCAAUAUAUUUGGUCGUAAAGUGACUAUAUUGUUCUCUGUUUUUGUUUUUGAGCUGGGCAGCCUACUAUGUGGUUUUGCACAAAAUAUGAUUUCAUUUAUAAUAUUUCGUGCUAUUGCUGGUGUUGGUGGCGGUGGAAUCCUUAUACUUGCUGAUACUAUCGUUACAGACAUAGUUAGUGCUAAAGAUGUUGGAAGGUACCAAAGUAUUAUCAAUGCAUUCUAUGGUAUUACUACCGUAGUCGGACCUAUUUUGGGUGGUAUAUUUACAGAUCAUGUUAGUUGGAGGUGGAGUUUUUUUAUUAAUUUACCUCUAGGGGCAAUAACAAUUAUCACAGUGACUUUUAGUCUUCAUUCCCCAAAACAAACCGCCCUUCUUAAGAAUAUCAAGAGACUCGAUGUUACUGGUAUUGCUAUAAUUAUUGUAUCAACAAUUUGUAUAUUGCUACCUCUUAAUUGGGGUGGUAAUGCUUAUGCCUGGAACAGUCCCAUUAUUAUAGCACCCUUUUGUGUUGGCGUGGUUGGUUAUGCUUUAUUUGGCUUUGUUGAAAGUUAUGUAGCUGUUGAGCCUAUUGCUCCAUUAGCCUUUUUGCACGGAAUGUCAUUCUAUAGUUUUAUUACAUAUGUACCUAUCUACUUUCAAGCGGUAAAAGGUUAUUCCGCUACCAUGGCCGGAGUGGCAUUAGCACCCUACGUUCUUGGAUUUUCAGUAGCCACAGCCAUAACGGGUCAACUAUAUUCUCGAACUGACAAAGUAACACAUAGAUUACUCUGCCUGAUAGGUUCGGCUUUCAUGACUAUUAGUUUUGGAUUAAUCACAAUGUGGAAUGAAAAUAGUGGUCCCGGUGAAUUGAUCGGAUUCAUAAUCAUAGCUGGAUUAGGAGCUGGUAUAAUUUUUCAAGAUGUUUUAUUAUGCUGUCAAGAGUCUAUCGAGCAUAAAGAUAUAGCUAUUACCACCUCUUUACUAAUGUUCUUCAAUACCGUCGGAGGUGUACUUGGAAACGCAAUAAUAGGGAAUAUAUUUUACACCAAGCUUAUUCAAUUUUCGAGUUCAUUAGCAUUGCCACAAAGUUUUACACCACAAUCUGUAUACUGUAUACAAUUUUUACCAGCUGAAACACGGUCCUUGGUUAUUCAUGCUUAUUCGAUGGCAUUGCAUUCGUCCUUUAUAGCUUUUAUACCUAUGUGUGGGUUAAGUUUCAUUUUAUCCUUGUUUAUGGGAAAUAUAAAACCUUCAUAUAGUGAGGAAAAUUUGGGCAGAGUAAUUUAA